UUUCUCAUCAAUCUGAGGCACAUAUCGUAAAGUAAUUAGUGGAUGAUCCAACGUUGGAUUCGCGCGAAGGAAGGUGAAUCCUUCUUCCGCGCGAAAGAUACAACCCCAACCCUACCACCUGGGCAAGAGAUUCCGUGGCGGCAAUCACCUACCUGAAAAAAAAAUUAGAAUCCGUGCCGUCUCCGUCCCUCCUUCUCUCAUUGGAUUUUUUUCCUUUUCCCCUCCAGGUGAGACUAUAAAGACGCAAGAGAAAAUUAAAAAGGAAUCUGGAGAAGGCGGAGAGAUUCAGCUUGUUGGAAUCUCUCAUUGUCUCUUUCCAAGAAUCUCUCUUGGUCGCUCUCUCUUUUCCAAGAAUUGAUGGGGAAUUCGCUGUGCUGCUCCGCCUCCGGGGAGCGGCUGGCGACGGCGGCGAGGGAUGGGGAUUUAGGCGAAGCACGGAGGCUGCUGGAGUUGAAUCCCGGCCUCGCCAAGUACUCCAUCUUCGGUGGAUUCAACUCCUCACUCCACUUGGCCGCUGCCGACGGCCGCACCGAGAUUGCUAAACUUUUGCUGGAGAAAGGAGCGGAUGUGAACUCAAGGAACAUUUGUGGACAGACACCGCUGAUGCAUGCAUGCCGCUCUGGGCAUUGGGACAUAGUGCAGAUUCUGCUGCUUUUCAGAUGUGAUGUCUUGAAAGUGGAAUAUCUAAAUAGUCGGACUGCACUGCACUUCGCAGCAGAAGGUGGGCAUGUGCGGUGCAUCAGGCUGUUGGUUGCUGACUUCUCCUGUGGAGCAAGUGUUUCUUCAAAAGAUGGUGCCCAGGAAGGCAGCAUCCCUAAAUCUUCUCUGAGGCGUGGUUAUGAUCAACUUGCACUCUCCAAGUUUGUUAACAAAGCAGCCAAUGGUGGUGUGACAGCUCUCCAUUUGGCAGCAUUGAAUGGGCACUUUGAUUGUGUGCAUCUCCUGCUCGAUCUACAUGCUGAUGUCUCUUCCGUGGCUCUCUACUAUUCCUCAUCAACGAGUUCAAUAGGAGCUGGAAGCACUCCUUUGCAUUAUGCAGCAUGUGGGGGAAAUCUUAAAUGUUGCCAGGUUCUUAUUGCUAGAGGAGCUAGUAGGUCGACAGAGAAUUAUAAUGGGUGGCUGCCAUGUGAUGUUGCUAGGAUGUGGGGAUGUCAUUCGCUUGAGCCAUUGCUGUCACCAAAUUCUGACUUUACCAUACCCUUGUUUCGUCCAUCGAAUUAUCUAUCCUUGCCUCUUAGGAGCAUCCUAGAUAUAGCAAGAUCCCUGCAAGUUGCGAAGUCACAAUGGAGUAUGCAGCCUUUUGUAUCGUUCUAUGUCCGAAGGGAUUGCGGGUUGCAGUCAUCACCUGCCACUUCUGAUGGUGAUGAUCUUUGUGCUGUUUGCCUGGAAAGAGUCUGCACUGUAGCUUGUGAAGGCUGUGGGCAUGAACUCUGCAUAACAUGUGCACUCUGUCUUUGCUCAACAAGCAAGACAACACCUGAAACAGAUGCACGGCCUGGUUCAAUUCCAUGUCCUUUCUGUCGAAAUGGAAUUGUGUCUUUUGUGAAGUUGCCUACGUUUCCACCAAAAGAGCUCAAGCUGAACCAAGAACUAAGCCUCUGCAUCAAAUGCAGUUUUGACCCUCAUGAUCUCAGACGAACAGCAAUUGCUUGCAAAUCUGAGUUUUUGAAGAACACAUAAUGUUAGUUCCUUUGUAACUCAUCAAUCCACUCUUUUUCGGUCCAUUCUCUUCUGCUGCCAUCUCCUCAAGGACAAACAGGACCAACCUUAUUGUCACUCUCAGAGGGCAUUAACUGAGCUGGACAGGAUGAAAAAUCAGAUACUAGAAAAAACAAAUUGAUCAACAUUAUUUCAGAAUGGAAGCAGUUGCCAAAGAGAACUUGGGUGCAAUUUGGUCAUAGAUGAUUUCUUUCUGCUUGCGAAUAGUUUGAUUGAUAGAACUGCAGGUAGCUUGUGGUUACUCAUUGUUUUGCUUCAUCAUACAACAGUCUGCUAUAGUUAUGUAGAUAUCGGUCGACUUCAUAUUGAUAAGUGCAUGUCUUUGCAACAUGGACAGUCAUAACACCUUGGUUUCUGUUAGUCAAAAGAUUUAGGAUGUCGGUUUGUGAUAUUUUUUUUGUAGAUUAGUGAAUUAAUUGCAAGCAUUUGAAGGAAUCAUGCGUUGUAAAUACUUCUAUCAUAUUACUUGGGUGGUUGUAAGCAUUGCCGUAAAGAUGCCAUUGAAUGAAUCAUUUUUUUCAUUAGUAUAAA